AUGUCAAUGUCUACCACAGGAUGCUCUGAAUCAAAGAAGAGUGAAAAUAAGUUGGCAGAAGAAAGCUUUGUUGAACAACUUGUGAAUGUGAUUGUACUUGAAAAUGAUUCCACCAAUGCUAAAAUCGUUGGGACCACGGAAGUGAAAGUAGAAGAUGGUAAAAUGGCCAAGAAACGUACUUCUAAAGCUUGGGAUCAUUUCAAGAUAAUAAUGGUGAAUGGUGUUCAAAAGGCAAAAUGCAACUACUGCACGGCUACAUUGUCUUACAAUGGUACAUCUGGAACUUCUCAUCUACUUAAGCAUGCAAAUCUUGUAUGUCCAAAGCGGCACUUACGGCUUGGAUUAGGUCAAACAAAGUUGAAUGUUAAGACUGAAGUUGAUGGGACCACUGUAUUGGAAUUGAAGGAUAGGGAAAAGCCUGUCAAGUUUGAUCAAGAGACUUCAAGGAGGGACUUGGUUAGUAUGGUGGUCAUACAUGAGUACCCUUUAUCGAUAGUGGAUCAUGUGGGCUUUAGAAAAUUUGUGAAGGGGUUUAAUUCAUCUUUCAAAAUGAUAUCAAGGAAUACACUUAAGAGCGCUAUUAUGAAGAUAUAUAAUGAUGCCAAGAGUUCCUUGAAAGCUCUGUUCGAUUCCACAUAUGAGAGAGUUGCACUAACCACCGACAUGUGGACUGCUUCCAAUCAGAAAAAGGGAUACAUGGCUAUCACCUCACACUUUAUUGAUCAACAAUGGAUAAUCGAACUUUGA